UUUUCUCGUUUUAAUUUUUUUGGCAGGGGCAGGUUCUCCGGAGAUAAACGAGAUCUGCAGCCGAGGGGUCCCUGGGCUGCUACACGGAGCCUAGAGCCCGCGGAGGCGCGAGUGGGCAGGAGCCCGGCACCGCCACCCGUCUCUCGGACCCAGCCUAGGGUCCCCGGAGUUGCGGUCGAGGGGUGGGGCAUUGGGGUCUGAUUUGGGCAGGUGGUCCUCUCGGUUUCCUCCGGCAAACGGGACUUUUGCCAUCCAUUUUUCCUACCUCCUCCCACUUUUGCUCCCUGGAUUCUCUGACUUACUCUUUUUUAUUCUCUUCGGUUUUCAUUCAUGUAUUCUGGGAAUACAGCAGUAAACAAGACAAGACGAAAAUCACCACCUUCAUGGAGCCUAGAGCCUACAUUUUAGCGAGGGUAGGAACGACAGUAAACAACAGAGCUGGUAGAUAAGCAACUUAAGCACCAUGUUGGAAAGUGAUACAGCGCUAUAGAGAAAUAGAAGAAGAAUUCAUAUGAAGCAGGUAAGGCAUCUCAAUAUUGGAAGGAGGGGGUAGAUUGGAAUUUUAAACAUGGUGCUUAGAGUAGACUUCCUUUUUUCUUUUUUUUAUUUUUAUUUUUUUGACAGGCAGAGUGGCUAGUGAGAGAGAGAGACAGAGAGAAAGGUCUUCCUUUGCCGUUGGUUCACCCUCCAAUGGCUGCCGCGAGCCGGCGCACUGCGGCCGUUGCACCGCGCUGAUCCGAUGGCAGGAGCCAGGUACUUAUCCUGGUCUCCCAUGGGGUGCAGGGCCCAAGCACUUGGGCCAUCCUCCACUGCACUCCCUGGCCACAGCAGAGAGCUGGCCUGGAAGAGGGGCAACCGGGACAGAAUCCGGCGCCCCGACCGGGACUAGAACCCGGUGUGCCGGCGCCGCAAUAGACCUCCUUGGGAAGAUGCCCUGUAAGCAAGCAUUUGAAAGAAGGAAGAUGAUUAGCUGUGGGGUGAGGGAGACAGUCCUAGGAUGAAAGUGUGCUUCUAAGAGGGAAAGAAAGGUCCGAGUAGCUGAAGGGAAUUACGCGAAGGGGAGAAUGAUGGAGGAUGACGUCAAGGGCAGUGGUCACAUCCUGAGGACUUGUAUACCACUGUUGAGGACUUCAGCUUUUAUUUUAAGGUUGAGCCACUGGAGAGUUUUGAGCAAACAGAUGACGUGACCCAACUUAGGUCGUAAACAGACCAUUCAGACUGCCCUACUAAGAAGAAACAGGAAAGCAUGGAGACCAGUCAGCAAGGUGGUAAUGGGUGAUGGUGGCUCAGACCAAGUUAGUGGCAGUAAAGACUGAAUUGAAGAUGAGUUAACAUUUUCAGUUUGUCUAACUGUGCUCUCCCAUCUCCUGCAGCUCUCCCCCUCUUUGUGAUCCCCUCUGUUUUUCUGUGCUCAUUCCUGCCUUUUCUUUUCACCAAAUAUGCAGGGAAACAAGGGGGUGAGUGACAGCUGGCUUGAUGUUGCUGAUAGUCCCCAAAUCCAGGGCAGUGUUUGACACACCAAAGCAUAGAGCAGCUGUCUUCUGGGUCGGGAAGGGGCCCCUGACUGGCCUCUCCGAGACCUGUGUCCCCCAAAGGAGACUGCUCUCUACAGGAACCACCUGAUAAUUUGUGUGGAAACUGAGUCUGACCAACAGGAAGACUGGUAAAAAGAUGCAGCAGGUUGUACUGUCAGAUGGGAGUCCAGGUCUACCAAGCCAGCUGUUUUGUACACCUCCUGAUACCCAGCUACUUCAGGAAACAGCUCUAUCAACUCCUCAGUAUCCUGCCUUUGCUAAGGAUGGAAGCCAAAGAAACCUUCCAGCCACAGAAACCACACUGAUGAGCCAGGCCCAAGAGUCAGUAGCAUUUGAGGAUGUAGCUGUGGACUUCACUAAUGGGGAGUGGCAGUGUCUGACCGAUGUUCAGAAGCAGCUCUAUAAAGAUGUGAUGUUGGAAAACUAUGGGAACAUGGUAUCACUUGGAUUUGGAUUUCCUAAACCUCCUUUAAUUUCCUAUCUGGAGCAAGAAACAGAGCUCUGUGCUCAGGAUCCAUGGAACAGGAAGUCCCUAAGCUGUUCCUACUCAGUAUCAACUGAUAGAACACUGCCUGGGAAUGAGAGGGCAAGUUCAGAACAAGAGGUUUUCGAAAACAGAGAUGUCUUCCAGCUGAAAAGUAGCAGUCUUCCCAAAGUUAUUUCCUGGGAUCCUGAAGUCAGAGAAGUUUACGUACAGUGUGUCAAACUAAAGACUCCAUGGGAAACACCUUUAUGGGGGAAAUGGACAGAAGACAAAGAUGGCUCUGAAGAAGUAACUUUCAGUGAAGGAAAGAACCAGAAGGUACGUAGUAAAAUCUUCAGUUCAAACUCAAAGCAUAAUCCAUAUAAUAGAGUUCAUACAGAACAGCAACUCCAUGAACAUGCCAGAUGUGACAAAGACUUCAUUUGGCGUUCAGACCUAAUUCUCCAUGAGCAAAUUCAUUCUGGUGAAAAACACCAUGUGUGUAAUGAGUGCCGGAAAGUAUUCAAGACUAGAAAUCAGCUUUCUGUGCACCUGCUAAUCCACACAAGGGAAAAGCCCUUUAACUGCAUACAGUGUGGGAACAGCUUGAGUAGUAGAUCAGCUCUUUGCCGACACAAGAAAACCCACAGUGGGGAGAAGUCUCACGUGUGCGGGGACUGUGGGAAGGCCUUCACAACCAGGAACUGUCUCAGGAACCAUCAGCUCAUCCACACUGGGGAGAAGCCCUACAGCUGUAGUGACUGUGGGAAGGCCUUCCCGUUUAAGCAGUCCCUUACCAUCCAUAGUAGAAUCCACACUGGAGAGAAACCGUAUGAAUGUGAGGAGUGUGGGAAGGCCUUCAGCGGAAGGUCAGACCUCACCAAACACAGAAGAAUCCACACUGGGGAACGCCCUUACGAGUGCAGUGAGUGUAGGAGGGCCUUCAGUCGGAGCUCGGACCUAAACAAGCACAUGAGAAUCCACACUCGAGAGAAACACUAUGGGUGCCCCCAGUGCGGGAAAGCUUUCGGCAGCAGGACUGAGCUCACCAAACACAGAAAGAUCCACACUGAAGAGAAACGAUACAAGUGCGGGGCCUGCGGGAAAGCCUUUCGCCAUAACUGUAAGCUCAGGGCUCACGAACAAGAACACACUGGGGAGAAGCCUUUUCCAUGUGGGCUCUGUGGGAAAGCAUUCCAGGAUCAACACUGCCUUACCGUCCAUCAGAGAAUCCACACUGGAGAGAAGCCUUAUAUAUGCCCAGAGUGUGGCAGAGCUUUCCGGGGGAAGUCCAACUUCACCAUCCAUCAAAGAAUCCACACUGGGGAGAAGCCUUACAAGUGUGAUGUGUGUGGAAAGGCCUUCCACCACGGCUCUGUGCUGCAGCAGCAUAGAAGAGUCCACACCGGUGAGAAACCAUAUACAUGCGAUGAGUGUGGCACCUCUUUCCGUCAGUGCUCAGCCCUAAUUGGACAUAAGCGAAUUCAUACUGGGGAGAGACCUUAUGAAUGUGAGGAGUGUAGAAAAACUUUCCGAGUGAGCUCAAAUCUUACUAGGCAUAAAAAAAGAAAACAUCAAGUAUGGAGAACCCAGGAAAGUUGAUUAGAGUGAGAAAUCCCACUCUUCCAGUAACCAUUUCCUGGAGCUCAGUAGUCAAUAUCUUGACCAUCAGUGCCUGAGUGGAAUGACUGGUGUUUACACUUUCCAUUUCUCCUUCAUCCUCACACACUGGUCCCCCUUAUCUCCCAGGCUCAUUAUUCCCAAUUUCCUGAACCCUGAGUGUAAGAUCUCCAAUGCAUUGUCCUUGAAACUUCCUACUUAGUAUUAUUUCUUCAGCGAGCACAUUCACUGCUAAUAGUUGAUCUCUUCAUCAACAUAAUAAAUACUUACCAGUGCUUAGUAUGUGCCAGGCACUGUUCAAAAGGCUUUACACAUGUUUAACUCAUUGGAUGUGUAUAAUGUUGUCCAUGUGAGAUAAGGAAUUUGAGGCAUAGAAAGUUUAAGAAACUUGCCCAGCAUCAUGGUUAUGUCAAUUCUACAUAUCGAUGAAAGCUUCACAAUGAUCCCUAGAUAUCAGGGUUCAGAGAUCUUCCAGGUUAGUGAACGAAUUGAAGUGCUGGAAUGGUGGCUCACCCAGAGAGGCACAGACACUCCCAGUACUCCCCCCAUAGCUUCUCCUAAUGUAGUUCUUCCGUUUGGCUAAUCUUGAGUUGUUCAUAAGAAACUAGUAAAUAAAGUGUGUUCUUGAAUUCUG